AUGGCCGGCGGCAGAAGAGCACCACGGCCCCCGACCGAUCCGAUCGCGGCGGCCCAUGCGGCAGGCCUGUUCACCCGGCCGGUCGACCAGGUCCGGGAAGACGGGCUGCUGCAUCUCCAGAGUCUUUUUAGCUUCGGGACCGCGGCCGCGUUCGAUCCUCUGCCCGAAGCCUUGGCGAUCCUGGCCAGGUCGAAAGCCGAGGGGCGCCGACGGAGCGAGCUUCUCAAGGAUUUCCUGGUGCGGGUCUUCGCGACGCUGGUCCCGCUGCUCCAGGAGGGCCGGUCGACGCACUGGUGGGACGACAAGGAGCACUACCGCAACCAGGCGCCUUUCCGGAUCGAGCGCGACCUUCUGCCCCGCCUGCGUCGCCGGAUCGUCGAGCUUUGCCACGUCAUGCAUCCCAGGAAGCUGAAGACAGACACGCUCCUCCGCGCGGCCAGCCAGCACCUACACCAGAUCUGCAUCGAUGCAACCCAGCUCAAGAUCUCGGUGUGCUUGACGUGGGAGCCGUCGGAGCACAAGGGCUCCGAGGAGGCUCUGGUCGACUUGCCACUCUACUACUACCCCGACCUCCCGUGGGGCGUCGACCACGUCCGGGACUCGAUUGCCGACUUGUUCGAAUCAUACUCCAAGCCUCUCCAAGCCGGCUACGUGCCCGUCAAAGACCAGAAAAGCGUCCACUCCCUCCUCGAGCUGAUCGACCAGAUGAUCCGCGACAUCGACUCGCCGCGACUGGCCAUGCAGGCCAAGUGGCGAUGGUCCGUGCGGGAGAUCGAAGUCCUGAACCACGCGCUGGUGAAGUGUCUCAAGCCCCGCAAGGUGAGGACCACCAACCCGCUCGAAGGGCUCGAGGACCAGAAGCAUCUCGAGAUCGACCAAUGGUGUCCCCGAGAACGGAUGGCUGCGCACGAAGUCCUGUACGUCGAGGCCGCCCUGCCGGUCUUCCGGCUCGCCCGCUUGCUGCUGAACAAGCUCUCGAGGCCGACCAACAGCGACAGUCUGACGGCCCGAAUGACGCUCGAAGAGUUGAACGAGAUCUACGCGACGACGGACCGGAUGGACUCCGAUCUGCGCGUGUUUGCCCAGCUGACCUUGCAGGUCCGUCGCACACAUGGCGGACACUGCUUGCGGGUGAAUGCGCACCGGGUCAAGAAAAUCCUGCCGCUCCUCGAGAGGCACUUCGACUCUCUAGCAGCCAUGCGCGUCGAGCCGGCUGAAGUAGACGCCGGCCGACGGUGGUGUCGCGAUUGGGAGUCCCAUUUCGAUCUGGCCGUCGAGAGGUGUCUCGACUGUUGCGGGUUCAACGACGCCGACCAGUGGGAAACCGACGAUAGUGACCACAGUGAAUGA